UUUGUCGAGCAAUCAGUUGACACACUAAGCCCUCAAGCGAUGGUAAAGCUAAUGCUAAAUAUUGUAAUUCUGAGCCUGCUGCUGUAUCUUGCAUCAGGCUUAAGCCCAGAGCAGGCUAACGAACGCAUGAAAAAUUGCAUUAAGCAUAGUGCGUAUGGCUACUGUCGUGGGCAACAGACACGUUGGUUUUACGACACGAUGACCAACAAUUGCAAGACGUUCCUGUACAGCGGCUGUGGUGGAAAUUAUAAUCGAUUCACAAGUCUACCCGAGUGCCUGGACUACUGUACGCAUCCGGAAAUAUCCUAUGAUCGAAAAUGAAAUAUUAAUGGUUAACAUCUACUGAAUAAACCAUCGAUUUAAAGCA